UGUAAUGACGCACGACUGGAGAGGCAACUUGGCAUCGGGCGAGUUACAAUUGUAGACGGUCGACUGCCAGCACCAACUCCACUCGUACCAUUUUAGACUCCCAAGUUCGUCCGAACUCCAACAAUCAAAAAACCGUGUCAGAACUACAGGUAUUUGAGUUGAGCAGCAAAAACAUGGCGAAAGUUCCAGCUGAACCCAUUUCUCUAAGUGCAGCUCUUAGUUCUUCAGCUUCCUCAGUCCGCCGGCGACAUAAAAGCUCAAGAAUUCGAGCUUCUCAGCCCCUCAAUGACAAAAGCAACUCCAAUAAACAACUUGGUAUGUUUGCCUUAAGGAAAAAGAUUGAAGAUUCAAUUCUUUCUGCUGAGAUAUUGGCACCCACAGCAUUGGAACAGGAAGAAGCUAGACGCAUCCAGCUGGAAAAAGUUAUUCGUGAAUGUAAUCUGUGGGAUGACAUAGCCCAAGCAAAUGAAUUCCUUGUCAAACUGGCUGAGAGUGAUAAGGCGGUUGAUGCUCUUAAAGAUCUCAGAUAUAAGGCUGAGGAAGCUAAGCUGAUCAUGGAAUUGGCAGAGAUGGAUGCUAUAAAUGAUGGGCUAUUUAACCAGGCUUAUUCAGCAUCUGUGUACGUAAAUAAGUUUUUGAAGAAGUAUGAAAUGUCCAAGCUUCUUAAUGAACCAUAUGAAAGGGAGGGAGCUUGCAUUACCAUAGAAUCUGGACAUGAAGGCAUCCACGAUGAGAGAUGGGCCGAACAACUGGUACAAAUGUACAUUAAGUGGGCUGAAAAGCAAGGUCACAAGUGGAGGAUAAUUGAGAAAUUUCCUUCAAAGAAUGGUGGAAUCAAGUCUGCAAUCCUUGAGUUUGAAUCAAACUUUGUCUAUGGCUACCUGAUGGGAGAAAGAGGUGUUCACCGUAUGAUAAAAGCCUCGCCUGAUGGAUCCUUGGCAUCUGAGGGUAGUUCAGCUACUGUGGAUGUUAUUCCUCUUUUUCUUGAAUCAGUGCCCGACAUCUUUAUUGACGACAAGGUUCUAAUGAUCUCAUUCUCAUCAACUGAUGAAGAAUAUCUUUCUAGAACUAGCCCUUCUGUCCACAUACAGCAUAUUCCAACUGGUUUUACUGUUAAAGCAACAGGUGAAAGAAGCCAGUUUGCCAACAAGAUGAAGGCCCUUAACCGCUUAAAGGCCAAACUUCUUACUGUUUUGGAGAACCAGAGAAUAUCAAAGGUAGAAGACAUUGACAGAAGUGCCAUUGUUGAUUUGUGGUGUCAAGAGACUACUAGAAGAUACGUGUUUUACCCAGCCAAGCUUGUACAAGAUGUAAAAACUGGUAUUCAACUGCCUGAUCUAACCUCUGUUUUAAAUGGAAACAUAGAGCCUCUCAUUGUUGCUCACAUCAAUAAUAGACGAUCAUGUAAUAUAAUUACCUGAUCAAUGUCCUUCACAAGCUUUUAUC